AUGGCUCAAGGAGAAAUCAAGUCGAAGCUGGGUUCGGCAAAGGGCAAAAAGCCAGGCGUCGACGCAAAGAAGGGUAAACGCACUAUUGCGCCCAAGCGGAAAGACCUCGUCAAGAAUGCAAGAAUGAUCAAGAAACACUCGGGUGGUCUCACGGCCAUGACUGAAAGAACUUUGGGCUCAAAGGCUGGACAUUUGGAGCUCUUGAAGGGUGGGAAGAAGAACAAGGACAUGAAGGCAGAUGUGCCCAAGGGAGGGUCGAAGAAGUUUGGCUGA